CCCGGACAGGAGGGAGAGGUGUUACACAGAGUCAACCAGAUUUCUGGUUCCUGGUGGUUCUUCUGCUGGUUCUUUGCCGGUUCGGACGGCGGUGGCGAUUGGUUGUGUAGAUGGGCUCCAUCGACGUGCGUCCAUCUUCAUCUGUGCGUGAUGACUCGAGCUCCCCUCCUCUGCUGGUGUACGUGACGGGAUUCGGUCCAUUUAACAACGGUAACACGCCACACACAGCCAGACAACCGACAUCAGACAGACAGACAGAGACAGACAGACAGACAGCAAGCAGACAGACAUCAGGAAACACCAGGCAAAACCAACACCCGUCGGUGUCGUGCGUUCGCGGUGUGGUGUGUCUCUCAGUGCCUCAGAACCCCACUGAGACGCUCAUUCGCGAGCUGCCACGCCACCUGGUCAAGCAGCCCCUCCCAGGCGUCGACCUCUGCGGGUGUGAGGUCAUCGAGGUCUCGGCAGAGGCGUCCAACGUUGCCGUGCAGCGCAUCCACCAGACCGUCAGGGAGCGGGUUCGCCAGUGCUGCGGCGCGGGCGGCAUCACGCACGCCGUGAUAGUGCAUCUGGGUGUGUACGCCAGCGACAACACCUACCGGCUGGAGUCCCUGGCGUACAACGAAGCCGCCUUCUCGGUGCCUGACGAGCGGAAGUGGCAGCCACGCUGUGCGACCGUGUGCGAGGCGGGCGAGAAGCGGCUGGCGUGUCGACUGCCGGUUCACCAGAUGAACGAAGACCUCCGGCGCCAGGGCUUCAAGUGCCAGGUGUCGGUCGACGCCGGGCGGUUCGUGUGCAACUUCCUGUACUACCGCUCUCUGUUUGAGGCCGCCACACACGACACCGACAUACCCGUCCUCUUCGUUCACGUGCCCCAAUUCUUCAUGUUCGACCUACAGGUAGGUGGGGGGGUCAGGCAGAGUCAGGCACUUAGCAAGCAGCGGCCUGCCUUGCGAAUUCCCCUCUCUCUCUCUCUCUCGUUGUGCGUUGGUUACAGGAGCAGCUGAGCUUCCUGAGCUCGCUGUUUGUGGUGAUCAGGCAGCGAUGGUGUGAGUGCAAGUGCGAGGGCGGUGCCGAGGCGGCUGGUGUGCCGGUGCUGCGAAUGGACGGCGAGGACGGCAUGGCCAUGCUGGGCGAUGACGACGAAGGGGAGGAGAGGGAGGGCGAAGUCGGGGUGUUGCAGACUGCGUGAAAGAUAGAGGGGGGAGGGAGGGAGGGAGGGAGGGAGGGGGCGGAGGGAGGGACUUAAGCAGUGAUAAUUUUGUUUCAAGGCAUGUGUGUGUGGGUAGGCACAUAGCGGUCUGUGUGCGUAGUGUGCAGUGUGUGCUCUUCCUUGUCCGUACGUAUCCGUAGGCAUGUUCGUACGUCUUUCGUACCUACCUGCCUACCUGCCCACCUGGCUACCUGCCUACCCGACUCCACUCCAUGCUCGCCGAGCCCCUAUCUAUCUAUCGCUGCGUUUGUUUAUCUGUUGUACGUAUGUCCGUAUGUUUGUAUGGUGUAUCCAUAUCAUCCCGUGUGUAUAUGGCAUUGCAUCUCUAGACAUAACCAUCCUUUCAUACGUACCGACUGAAUUGCGUGUGUGUGUCACGGUUGCUUGAGUACAG